GAAGCACACUGCCAAGUUGACCCUCCCGUGCAACAUGAAUCUAUGAGACAGCAGCUGCUGUCCCUGCUGGAAUUGGGGGAGAAGAUAUGAUUCCAUAGGGCCUCAUCCUCCCACGAGUUUCAACAUGGCGGCCCAGCGCAUCCGGGCGGCCAACUCCAGUGGCCUCCCUCGGUGCAAGUCAGAGGGGACUCUGAUUGACCUGAGCGAGGGCUUCUCAGAGACAAGCUUUAAUGAUGUCAAAGUGCCUUCCCCCAGUGCCUUGCUAGUAGACAACCACACGCCUUUUGGAAACGCAAAGGAGGUGAUUGCAAUCAAAGACUAUUACCCAAACAACUUCACCACCCUGAAGUUCUCCAAGGGCGACCGCCUCUACGUCCUGGACACGGCUGGCGGAGAGUGGUGGUACGCCCACAACACCACCGAGAUGGGCUACAUCCCUUCCUCCUACGUGCAGCCGCUCAACUACCGGAACUCGACCCUGAGUGACAGUGGCAUGAUCGAUAAUCUCCCAGACAGCCCUGAGGAAGUCGCCAAGGAGCUGGAUCUGCUAGGGGGCUGGACAGAUGACCAGAAAGAAUCUGGCAGACCCUAUAGUAACAACCCUUUCUGGAAUGGAGUCCAAACGAACCCGUUUCUGAACGGGAACGCACAACCCAGCAUGGAUGAGCUGAACCCCAAGAGUACUGUGGAUUUGCUCCUUUUUGAUACGGGCACAUCUUCCUUCACCGAAUCCAGCUCGGCAACCACCAACAGCACCGGCAACAUCUUUGACGAGCUCCCAGCCACUAAUGGACUCCACAUGGAGCAGCCGGUUAAGCGGGACAAUCCCUUCUUCAGAAGUAAGCGUUCCUACAGCCUUUCAGAACUCUCCGUCCUACAAGCCAAAUCGGAUGCUCCCACGACAUCCAGUUUCUUCACAGGCUUGAAGUCACCUGCCCCAGAACAGUUUCAAAGCCGAGAAGAUUUCCGAACCGCCUGGCUGAAUCACCGGAAGCUGGCCCGGUCCUGUCAUGACUUGGACCUGCUCGGCCAAAGCCCAGGUUGGGGCCAGACCCAAGCAGUGGAAACAAAUAUCGUGUGCAAGCUGGAUAGUUCCGGGGGCUCCGUGCAGCUCCCCGACACCAACAUCAGCAUCCACGUGCCCGAGGGCCAUGUAGCCCCUGGGGAGACACAGCAGAUCUCCAUGAAGGCCCUGCUGGACCCCCCACUGGAGCUCAACAGUGAUAGAUCCAGCAGCAUCAGCCCCGUGGUAGAGGUGAAGCUGAGCAACCUGGAGGUGAGUACCUUCAUCAUCCUGGAAAUGAAGGUCUCCGCCGAGGUGAAGGGCGACAUCUUCAGCAAAAGUACAGUGGUCCUGCAGUGCCUCAGAAGUGACUCAAAGGAGGGGCCUUAUGUCCCCAUCCCCCUGGCCUUCAGCUACGGGGACACGAUACAGGUACAGCUGGACAACCUAGAGCCCUGCAUGUACCUUGCUAUUGUUGCCCAGGGCCCCAACAUCCUCUACCCUUCCACCGUGUGGGAUUUCAUCAAUAAGAGGGUCACUGUGGGGCUCUAUGGUCCCAAACACAUCCAUCCAUCCUUCAAGACAGUGGUGACCAUUUUUGGACAUGAUUGUGCCCCCAAGACCCUCCUGGUCAGCGAGGUUACUCGGCAGGCUCCCGGUCCUGCCCCAGUGGCCCUACAACUGUGGGGCAGGCACCAGUUCGUCUUGUCCAGACCCCAGGAUCUCAAAGUGUGUAUGUUCUCUAACAUGACCAACUAUGAGGUCAAGGCCAGCGAGCAGGCCAAAGUGGUGAGAGGCUUCCAGAUGAAACUCGGUAAGGUUAGCCGUCUGAUCUACUCUGUCAUCUCCCAGAACCCCAAUGAGCUGUCCGACUUCACACUGAGGGUACAGGUCAAGGACGAUCAAGACACCAUCCUCACCCAGUUUUGUGUCCAGACACCGCAGCCACCCCCCAAAAGCGCCAUUAAGCCCUCUGGGCAGAGGAGGUUCCUUAAGAAGAACGAGGUCGGGAAGAUCAUCUUGUCCCCAUUUGUGGUCACCACCAAGUACCCGACAUUUCAGGACCGCCCUGUGUCUAGUCUCAAGUUCGGCAAGCUCCUGAAGACUGUGGUGCGACAGAACAAGAGCCAUUACCUGCUGGAGUACAAGAAGGGGGAUGCAGUGGCCCUGCUCAGUGAGGAACGCAUCCGCCUCAAGGGGCAGCUGUGGACCAAGGAGUGGUACAUUGGCUACUAUCAGGGCAAGGUGGGCCUGGUGCAUACCAAGAAUGUGCUGGUCGUGGGCAAGGCCCGGCCCAGCAUGUUCGCGGGGCCUGAGCUGAGCACAUCAGUGCUGUUGGAGCAGAUCCUCCGGCCCUGCAAGUUCCUCACCUACAUCUAUGCUUCCGUGCGGACUUUGCUUAUGGAGAACAUCAGCAGCUGGCGGGCCUUUGCUGAUGCCCUGGGUUAUGGGAACCUGCCGCUCACCUUCUUCUGCCGGGCAGAGCUGGACAGCGAGGCAGAGCGGGUGGCGUCUGUUCUGGAAAAGCUGAAGGAAGACUGUAACAACCCAGACAACAAGGACCGGAAGUCCUUCCAGAAGGAGCUGGUGAUGGCUUUGCUGAAAAUGGACUGUCAGGGCCUGGUGGUCAGACUCAUCCAGGACUUUGUGCUCCUGACCACCGCUGUUGAGGUGGCCCAGCGCUGGAGGGAACUGGCUGAGAAACUGGCCAAGGUCUCCAAGCAACAGAUGGACGCAUAUGAGUCUCCCCACCGAGACAGGAAUGGGGUGGUGGACAGUGAGGCCAUGUGGAAACCCGCCUAUGACUUCUUACUCACCUGGAGCCACCAGAUUGGGGACAGCUACCGAGAUGUCAUCCAGGAGCUGCACAUAGGCCUGGACAAGAUGAAGAACCCCAUCACCAGGCGCUGGAAGCACCUCACGGGGACCCUGAUCCUGGUGAACUCGCUGGACAUCCUGCGGGCUGCAGCCUUCAGCCCCGCGGACCAUGAUGACUUUGUGAUCUGAGUGGGGGGCCCCUGCCUGACGCCUCGCCAGAGCUGGACCCCCCCAUCAUCUGUCCACAGUGGGGGCCGAGCCAGCGCCGGGUGGUGCAGGGGGCUGGCUGCUCAGGUAGAGGCCCAUCUGCCAGCCACACCCAAGAGGGACCAAGGACCUUGGACUCUCUGCCCGUCCCCUCGAUCCAGGGGCAGGCCCCAGGGGCUUUCUACUUCUGGUUGUUGCCAAUCAUGUUGCUUUCUAUUUGUUGAAAUGUAUGUUUAAAUUUAAAAUCUCUUUUUUAACAAAAGACUAGAGAGGACAUAAGAAAGGUGGUAUCUAAUUUUUUAAUGGACUGUAAAAGUUAUUUAAAAAAAAAAUCUCCUUAGUAAAGGCAAAUGCUGUUGAGGUUUUUAUGUUCUUUGAAGGCCUUUUUAAAUUAUGUUCCAGGUGUAUAUAGAUAUUUAAAGGCCACAGGUGUUUGUGAGUCCCAGGCAUACUUUGCAUUUCGACACUCAGAGUGGAAAGCACUUUGCUCGGUGUGGACACUUUCCACACAUCGCCUGUGAAAAGGCAAGUCCGUGGGCCUGGUGGCUUUCAGUAGGUGGACCCUGGGGGUACCCGCAGCCCUACCCUUCCUUUCUCCUCCUUCCCGGCUGUCCAGAUUGGCCAGCCACAGGAUCUGUUGCUCUGUGUGCUUUGGUGAGUAGCAAAGCCCCCAUGUGGCAGCUCAGUGCCAUUGAGAUUCUGCCAACAAAUAAGAAAUCAGCUGGAGUUGGGGGUCCCUGUCACCCCUGGGUGUAUGCGGUCACCAUUCAGAAGGACAAUGCUCCCUUGAGAAUAAGGUGGUCCCUGCCACUCCGGGCAUGAAUGCCGUCUCCCUCAGGGUGGUUCUGCCUCGGUGGGAGGUGGGAGGAAAGCCGCACCACCCAGCCAGAGCCUGGUGGCCCAUGACUCUUCCUGUGUCCAUCACGGUCACCUUUCAGGCGAUGUCACAUGCUGGCGUGCAGAAGUGCCGUCUGCCGUUGCCAAACUCCACACUUCAUCUCUCACGUUUAACCUUCUCCUCCUGGUGCGCUUCAUCUCCUUAGGAAUGGGACUAACUGGUUAUCUCACAGCAUAAAUAUUAGCACGGGGAAUAUUUCCCUAAGUGAAAGGUGGGAGUUUCCAGAGGACUGUAUUCAGCUUCAGGGUGGUGGGUCACACAGUAGCGGUGGCCUUUGGGGAGGAAACAGGAAGUAGAACUCAUGCCAGAAAGAUCAGCGGUUAAGUGAGCCCAGCAAUGGGCGGGACUCAGGCUGUAGGUCUCCAGGGGCAGUUCCAGACCCUGGGGCUGCCCUCCAUCUGCUUUCCUGGCCCAGUUAAUGACUUCGUUUGUGACCAGUGUACAGCCCCACAUUGAGCUGAAAUGUCCCCUAGCUUCCGACUCAGACACUUCAGACCAACAGACUUAAAAGUAAACAGUAGGUAUUAAUGCCACAAGAACCAAGUCACACGAAUCCCCCAUCAGCACUGACACGCCCAUCAUUCCGCACCUUCAUUUUACCCAGAGAACAUCUCUUUACUUUUUUCCCCAAAGAAGAAACAAAACCAGUUGCACCUUAAACCACGGAUAUUUUUUCCUCAGGGGCUUUGAAUACUUUCCUAUGCAACAAGUCUUGUAGCACACAAUGAAAUUCUACAAAAGUUGUAGUAAAUUUUAUUUGGAUAUUUUAA